AUGGACUUGGACCGGCUGAAUGAGCACCACCGGGGCUCGUCAUCGCCCACGUUGCUCGACUCUCUCUUUGAUGGGCAGCAGCUGGCCAAUAAUAGCAUCGUUGGCGUGUUGGUGCUCUGCUGUAUCGUGGCUGCGGCUCUGAUGCUUCUCUGUGCAGGUUUUCUAAUGUACAGGCUCUGUAGUCGAACCCUCGAUGGCGUUCGAAGAAAGAUGACGAUGGAUUUUACAAAAGCUUUUCCUAACGUGGUCGCCCAUCCAAAACGAGUCUACGAAAUCCAGGCCGAAGAGGGGGUGUAUAGCAGUUCCAACGAUAUGCCAAGUGAGGAGGACCAGCCGAAAGAGGGCUCACUACGAAGGCAGGGCAGCGGAGCCUCAAGCAGAUCGGGUGAAUCAAGUAUUUCCAUCGGCUCCGUUCAAUCCCCAACUCGAAGCGAAGAACUCGAACCUACCCGAGACGAGCUCCCGACCAAUUUCCGGAAAAAGGAGCGAAAGAUUCAUAAAGACUCGGUUUGCGCAAUGGUCUUCAAGGCAGCACAUCCUAAAAAACCGCUGCCACAUCUCGUC